AUGACGAACCUCCUUAUGAUGGUGAUGUCCCUCCCCGAGGCGGUUAUGAAGCUCAGCCAUACCUACCCCCACCUCCGCUCGCUCUACGGGAAUACGCAGGUCCCGAUCUACCUCACGCGGGUCUUGUGCCUGCUCAACCUCUUCGACGAGGAGGAGCUCGUGCUGGAUGGGAACUACUCCCAGCUCCUCGCGGAUAUCGAGGAGGAGGUGGAGGCCUAUGGGCGGGUCGAGAAGCUCAUCGUCCCACGCCGCGAGGCCCGCCCACGGCCCCCGGAGGCCCCGAAGAAGGAGGAGAUGGAGUCCCCCGCGGCGGAGGCCGCGGCGUUGGCGGCCUACGAGAGGGAUAAGAAGCUCUUUAACCUCGAGGUGGACCGGUACCUCGCGCGGCAAAACCAUCCCUUGUAUGGCGGCAUCGGCCGGGUCUUUGUGAUGUACGAGACGGUCGAGGAGGCGGCCUACGCCCAGCAGCAAAUGGCUGGUAAACUUUUUGGCGGGCGCACCGUCGUCACCUCGUUUUUGUACGAGGACCUUCUCCAGGAGGAAGGCAGCACCAAAGAAUACAGCGGAGUCGCCGCCGACGAAGAAGAAGAGGUGGAGGAGUUGGCAACCUACUGA